AUGGCGCUGCUCAAAUUCUUCCAUAUUUCCGUUUUGCUGCUAGUAUGCACAGCCAAGGCGACCAACCCGGAAGCAGAAGCACUACUCCGAUGGAAGUCCACUUUGAUUGGCGCCAACUUGCUGUCCUCUUGGUCGAUCACCAACUCUACAUGCUCUUGGUUCGGCGUCACCUGUGAUGCUGCCGGACAUGUUACCGAGCUCCAACUUCAUAACACGGGGCUCCAUGGUACGCUUCAUGCCUUCUACUCUGCAGCGUUCCAGAACCUCACUCUGCUAGAUCUUUACAACAAUAACCUUGUUGGCGUCAUCCCAACCAAUAUCUCCAUGUUGAUGUCCCUUGAUGUUCUGGACUUGAGCUAUAAUGAUCUUGCUGGUGCCAUUCCCUACCAACUUAGUAAGCUUCCAAUGAUUGUUGAGUUAGAUUUGGGAAAUAACCACUUGACCAACCUGGAACAUGCCAAGUUUUCACCUAUGUUCACUUUGAAGUUGUUAUCUCUAGCUAAUAAUGAUCUCAAUGGUACCUUCCCACAAUUCAUCCUCAACUGCUCCAGUCCUAGUAUGAGGUCUCUAGAUUUAUCGGGCAACGCCUUCUCAGGGCCGUUACCAGAUUCAUUGCCUGAGAUGGUUCCAAGAUUGCGGUAUCUGAAUUUAUCCUCUAAUGGAUUCUCUGGCUCCAUACCUCGCUCACUCUCAAGGCUCCAAAAGCUCAAGUGGCUAUAUCUCAACUCAAAUAAUCUCACAGGCGGAAUCCCCAGGGAGCUUGGGAUGAUAACUGGAUUGAGAGUGCUUUCACUGUACAAUAACUCACUUGGUGGGUCGAUCCCAGCCUCCCUUAGGGAGCUUCAGUUGCUGCAACGGCUCAGCAUUGGAAACACUAAUUUGGUUUCUAUUCUUCCGCCCGAGCUGGGGAAUCUUACCAGUCUUGAACACAUGUUAUUGGAAGGGAAUCAUUUGUUUGGAAGCUUGCCACCAUCUUAUGGCAGACUGCGGAAUUUGCAAUAUUUUGACAUAGGGAACAACAGAAUCAAUGGUACCAUUCCACAAGAGAUUUCUACAAACUGGACCAAGAUGAAGGUUUUUGAUGUAUCCAACAACUGGUUAACUGGAAGCAUCCUCCCACAGAUCAGCAAGUGGAAGGACCUUGUUUUUCUCGCCCUGUAUGGCAACAAUUUUAUUGGCUCGAUCCCAGUGGAGAUGGGAAGCAUGCGGAACUUGCAGCUAUUGUCCUUGUACAAGAAUCACAUAACUGGAACAAUACCGUCAGAUAUCGGUAAUGCGACAUCUUUGAAAUUCCUUGACAUCAGCUUCAACCAUCUUGAGGGCGAGCUUCCUGCAGCCAUCUCGUUGUUGGUAAAUCUUGUUGUUCUUGACUUGUCUAGCAACAAGUUUACAGGUAUCAUUCCUAAUCUUGAUAGCAGGAAGUUGGCAGUUCUUAAGGUGGCUGAGAAUAGCAGCUUCUUGGCAGAACCAUUGUCUGCCUUUUGUCAAUUAAAACAUUUGCGACUCUUGGGUCUAUCAAAUAAUAAGUUAAUUGGACAGUUUCCUGAUUGCUUGUGGAACUUGAAAGAUUUACAAUCCUUGGAUUUGUCAAGCAAUGCUUUUUCUGGAGAAGUUCCAACCUCAACUUACUACAAUACUUCACUAAGAUUGCUGCGGUUGUCGAACAACAAGUUCACAGGUUGCUUUCCAGCAGUGAUGAAGAACUUCAAAAGCCUUGUUAUUUUAGAUCUCGGGAACAAUGAGAUUCUGGUGCAAUUCCUCCGUGGAUAG